GGUUUAUUAAUCUAGGCACAGUAUUUUCUAACCACAGCUACCCAUUUUCUAGUGGACUGUGCUCACUUACAUCUUUGCUGAGCCAGAGCCUGGCAGCUUGACAAGUCCAGGUACCCCCAUAUCAGUCACACCCUGGGCACUAUAACAAAGCUUUAGCUCUGCAUAAACUCCAGGGCAAAGGAUGGCCCCACUGUGACAUGCCCCUUUGAUAACAUUGCUAGCUCCUUUUCUGUGCCAGGAUUGAAAGAAGAGGGAAAGAAUAUUCCCCUGUAGGUCUCCGCAUCCUCUGCGCUCUUUUCGCAGUGGUAACCAAACUGUAGUACAUCACUGGGAAAUGAAUCAUCACUCUGAGGACCUUUGGUCAGUAAAUAAGUAAAUGGAGAACAAAGAAAGUGCUUAAUCUUGCCAUAUGAAUUUGCUAUGCUAUGAGUUCUCCUGGCAAAUGCUUAGUCAUUCAAUCACGGCAUUGGGCCUGUCUGUAUAAUCAAAGAUUCAUUUAAUAAUGGUUUAGAAAAGAUUAGAUCCGAGCUGAAAGGAAAUUUUCAGGCUAAUGAAUUGAAGCAUUCAUCAAAAAUGUUGACUAUUUCCUAGCUAUUGCUGAUUUGAAUCCAGUUUUUCUCAACCAAAAUAAGUGGGUCGGUUAAUAUUCCUGCUGACAUCAAGUAAUGGCUUGAAUUUGGUUUCAGCUGACGGCCGGACUGCAUAUUUUGCAGGCUGGCAAUAUAUCUGGUCAGAAUUUGAUUUGUCUAACUCACGUCAUCUCAUAGCGCUUCAUCUCCAGCUAAAUUCCACUGCCUAAAUUCUACCCUGUUAAACUCUGCACUGACUGGUACUGGCUUAUGGGAGCUGUACCUGAGCAGUACAUUUGGCUAGCUUGAAAUCAGAGCUGUAAAAGUCAUUCUGGUUGUAAGGAUCUGGACAGGUCAGUAGGUUUCUCAUCUGUUUCUUUAGGACCUCCAGUCUUUUAAAGGCAGUGGUAACCUGUGGGUGUUCACCAAGGCAAUUGAGCCAUCCUACAGUGUUUGGAGACCCCUGCUGAAUUCAUGUCGUGGCGCUCCAUAAGCAGAUAUUCUGCAGUUAUUAACAACGUGAGCAAAAGUCAGAACUUGCUUCAAUCGCAGCUUGGCAAGGCAGUGUAUGUAAGAUUUAAAUGCACUUUUCCACAAUUCGUUGGAUACAGCUGAGAUCUAUAAAUCCAGCUGGGAGGGCCUUCUGACUUCCUUCAAACUGAAGCUCAUCUGCCAGUUAACCCUGUUUCCAUCACUGAGAACGAUGAGGCUUGAGCACAGGCAUCUGCCUAUGUCCUGAGCUCACCUCAGAGCUAAAGAGCUGCAUGGAGCAGUCAGUUUUACAGGGAAGAGCAAGAGAAUCCUGUUCCCAGGAUGCCCACCUGAUUCACCUAUAUGGCAAUGGUAAAUGGAGCUAGGAGACACAAAUCCACCCACUACAAGGCAGGAACUACUCUCCUCAACAAAUUUAGCAGUUACUCUAAUCUGUUCUUAAAAAUCUCCAGUGAGGUAGCAGCUGCCCUUUCCCCACAUAAUCUGUUCCCAUGCCUUUCUAUCCUCACCACUGCUAAGUUUUUUCCAAUGUCUGCCCUAAUUCUCACUGUAUGGAAGAACUUACUAUUUUCCAACAGAAUCUGCCCCAUUUGUGGCUGCUCUGAUUUCUCUUACGUCGUUUUCCCAUGGUCAGUUUUAAUUUGCCUGAAAAGCUGGCAGUGGUCAGAAGGUAUUCAGACUUUCCCCAGCCAAUUUACUUAUUGCCUUUUCUCCCCCAAUGUCUCCAGGUCACCCUUCUGCUGUAUGACUCAACCAGGAUGAGGCAGCUGCUUUCCAAGUCUGUUGUGAUUGAUGAUGAUGAUGACGAUGAAUAUCCCUGGAGGCAGAACGCUCACAAAUACUACAUCCAUCUAACCCUCAGCCUCUUCCUCUUCCUCUGGUUCAUUCUUGGGAACUACUGGGUUUUCUCCGUGUACCUGCCAAAUUUCAUCCCACCGUUCCACCAGCCUCAGGAUUACUGUGACAAAACCCUGUACAUUUUUGCUGUUGGUGUUCUCAUCAUUAGCCAUACCGUUCUCUUUCUCCUUAUCUUUUGUAGCUGCUGCAUAUACUGUUUUUCCAGGCAAAGAUACUCUUCUGAGGAAGACUAAAUGCCAGAGAAAUUAAGCUCCAGAUGUUUGGGAAAGGGUGUACAAUGAAGAAAAGGCAAUAAUUCACCCUUGUGUGUAUCUUUGUUGUACUAUAGAUAUGUAUGUUAGCAGUCAACUGCAAGAGGAAAUUGUAAAAUACCUUCCAGUGCCAUCUGGAAAUAGCUGAGCUGGAAUACAGCAUAUUUGAUGUAAAAUUGCUGCUACAGAUGCCAGGGUGCACUCUUGCUAACUUCUACAUCUCUUUUUUAACUCUUGGAUUUUCUAUUGGCAGCGUCAAGUUCUGCAGUAAGCCCUUGCAGAUGACAAGCUCCUCUAAAACCAGGUCCCCUUCUGUCAUUUCAGCAUAGUACAUCUUUGCCUGUUAACGUAGCUGUGCUGUCCUCUUUCCUGAGAUCUGAACACCUCUGUAGCCUUGCUGAAGUAUGUUCCUGUCCCUGCAUUAAAGAUGGAGGGGCUGAGGCACAAAAGAUGAAGGGCUGUAUUCAGACUGCCUUGCAUGGCACAUGGACUGUGACAGGAACUUAGAUGGCCACCAGAAAGAUUCGUGGGCCACUGUUAGACCAGCCAAAGAGUAGCUGUGAUAGCAGCAUGAGCAGCCUGAAUAUGGCUCAGGUCUCUCCUGAACCUGGGCUAGAAAGCAUCUGUAUCUAUCUUUGGUGCUAAAACAGGUGGUCUGAAUAUAUCCACACAUACCCAGUACAUCCAAACCGAGCCAAGGCCACAGUGCAAGUCUUUGGCGGAACCAGAAACUGAGCUACCGAGUACUAGCUCAGUGUUCCCCAGUCUGGGGAGACUCCUCUUUCUCCACUUUUUGUACAACAGUAAUUUGUCAGUGCCACACCAACAGAAAGAUGCUCGUCAAACCAUUGUGAUUAAGUUCAUAGAAAAAUGGAUGACAUUAUGUUGGCAUUUUAAAUACAGAAAAAUGAUAAUGGGACAUGGGCAGGGGUGUGAGAAGUUCAGGUGGACGUGCUUACUACAGCAGUUCUCUGGUUGUGGUGUGAGUGUACGUUUGAUUUGUUCACCGUGGUGCUGUACUUAUGGAAAUCUGUACUCAAUUGGCAGAUGUAAUGAAAACAGCUUUUAAGUCAACAGCAGUGUCAGCUUUAAAAGCACCAGCAUGCACAGAGACCAUUGUUUUGUGACAUGCAGUGGAACAAGCCCAUAACCGGUCCUGGUAGAUUGUUUUUUUUAUGUGUUGGUGAAUGCAGUGUAAAAGUGCUCUUCCUCCUUCUGCUCUUAUGCAUUUCUGUUGAUACGGUCAAAGCGGAGGGGCUCCCCUCUACACGAGCACGAGGGUGGCCCCAGACAGAGGAA